AGGGAGGGGGGGAGGUUGCCGUGCAGCAGGGUCACUGCUUAGACAGAGAGGAGCCUUCAGCCCAGCCUUAGCCUUCACUGGACAGCCAGAACCUCAGCGUUCACAGAGAGUAUCCGUAACAGAUCACCAUGGCAGAGAAAAUCAAGGGAAAGAAGAUCAUCUUUGUUGUGGGCGGUCCCGGCUCUGGCAAGGGCACCCAGUGUGAGAAGGUGGUGGCCAAGUAUGGCUACACUCACCUGUCCUCCGGCGACCUGCUGCGCGCAGAGGUGGCCUCCGGCUCCGAGAGGGGCAAGAACCUCCAGGCCAUCAUGCAGAAGGGAGAACUCGUGCCCCUGGACACAGUUCUGGACAUGAUCCUGGACGCCAUGGUUGCCAAGGCUGAAACCUCCAAGGGCUACCUCAUCGACGGCUACCCCCGUGAGGUCAAGCAGGGAGAGGAGUUCGAGAAGAAGAUCGGUGCCCCCGCCCUGCUCCUGUACGUGGAUGCCAAGGGUGAGACCAUGGUGAAGAGGCUGAUGAAGCGCGGCGAGACAAGCGGCCGCGCUGACGACAACGAGGAGACCAUCAAGAAGCGCCUGGACCUCUACUACAAGGCCACCGAGCCCGUCAUCGCCUUCUACGAGGGACGCGGCAUCGUCAGGAAGGUGGACUCUGAGCUCCCCGUGGACGAGGUCUUCAAACAGGUGUCCACCGCCAUCGAUGGCCUGAAGUAAAGUGGACGACACAUACAUGACUUAGUGGACUCUCUCAGUCGCCUCCUUUGUAUUAACGCUCCCUUUACGGUUCCCCAUCUUCUCAACCAACACCACCCAGACAUCAACAACAACACCAACACCAACAACAGCCAAAAAACAACAACAAAGGACUGAACCUGAAAAAUAAAGAGACAAAAAAAAACGAGAAGAAAAGCUGAACAACUGCUGCCAUUACCAUCCUGGUGCAUGGUCCAGUCGAUAUUAAACGCCUGCUCUGCCUUAAUUUAAACUGUACUGCAGGAUUCCAUCUUUGCUUAUACUGUGUACAUACACCAGCAGGACACGAUAUCAGCCCCACCAACACAUCCAUACGUGUGUGUUUGUGUGAGUGUGUGUAUGUGCCAGAAAGAGAGACUGUUUCUCUCCCAUGUGUGUCUCAGUUGAACAUGCACUUGCCUACUACUGUACAUCUCGCCGUCCAUCUCCUUUGAAUGUAUGUAUGGGUCAAAUGAUCCGUGUGUGUGUAUGAUGUGUGUGUGUGUGUGUGUGUGUGUGUGUGUGUGCAAGCUUUUAAGUAUCUCCUGUCAUUGUGCUGAUGUUCCUAUGUUCUGGCAUUCUCAUUAAAACAUGUUUCAGGUUUCAACAGA